GAGCAGUUUCCAUUUCCGGCCAUCCGACCCUGGGGCGAGCCGAAAGUCCCCUCACCUCCAUUCCCUCCAUGGCAGCCACCCUCCUUUACUCCCCCCAACCUCCCCCCGGCCAUGGCAUUCACGCCCGCCCAUAAAGAUCGCCACCACCACAGGUCGCUGCCGCUCCCAGCCGUCCACACUCCACAGAGACAAGGGAGGAGGAGUCUUCCGGGUCUUGGGUGCUCCUGGGUCCUCUUUCUUUCUUCUCGGCGAGCGAGGAGCUUGUUGGGAUGGGGCGCGGCAAGAUCGAGAUCAAGAGGAUCGAGAACUCGUCCAACCGCCAGGUGACCUUCGCCAAGCGCCGGGCCGGGCUGGUGAAGAAGGCCCGCGAGAUCGGCGUGCUCUGCGACGCCGAGGUCGGCGUCGUCAUCUUCUCCAGCGCCGGCAAGCUCUACGACUUCUGGACGCCCAAGACCACGCUACCGAGGAUCUUGGAGAAGUACCAGACCAACUCCGGCAAGAUCCUGUGGGACGAGAAGCACAAGAGCAUCAGCGCAGAGAUCGACAGGGUGAAGAAGGAGAACGACAACAUGCAGAUCGAGCUCAGGCAUAUGAAAGGCGAGGAUGUGAACUCCCUGCAGCCCAAGGAACUGAUCGCCAUCGAGGAAGCUCUCACGAACGGCCAGACCAACCUCAGGGACAAGAUGAUGGACCACUGGAAGAUGCACAGGAGGAAUGAGAAGAUGCUGGAGGAGGAGCACAAGCUGCUGGCUCUGAGGAUGCACCAGCAGGACGACCUGAGCAGCGGCAUGAGGGAGAUGGAGCUCGGGUACCAUCAGGGUAGGGAUUUCACUUCCCAGAUGCCGUUCACCUUCCGGCUGCAGCCCAGCCACCCCAACUUGCAGGAAGACAAGUAGGCCACCGAAUCCUGCCACGGCCUGUGUCAACUGAAGCUCCUCUACCUGCAGGCCACAACUGCCAGCUUCAAUUUCCUUGUGCAACCUUAAAAAUGUAUCUUCCUUUUCAUGUCUGGCUUGAUGAACUUAACAGCGCUAGUUGGUUCCCAGCACAUAACUUUAACUAAGACAGUUCCUGUCCCUGUCAAGAUGCUUGUAUAAUUGCUGCCUAUCCUGGUUACAGUGUGGCUUGAAUGUUAGUGAUGAUGGCCAAGGUGCCAAAGUAACAAA